GAAUUACUACUGUGCAUGAUGUUAUUUAUAAUUACGAGAUUAAGAUGUGGGGGUUGGUAAACUACUUGGCCACUGUAAGUUGCCCCAAGUAUAUAGGUGAAAUACGGGAACAGUUGAUGGGAAUAUGUGGGGAAUAAUAAAGGCUAGUGUAGUAUUAGUGUCAGUGGGUGGCUGAUUGUCGGUAUGGACUCAGUGGCAAAUGGCUUGUUUCUGUAUUGUAUUCCUCUAAGACUAUGACAAGUUACAGGAUACAAAUUAUUGGUGACACUUCUAUCCUCAAAUCUGUUUUCUCCUUUCUAGAUGAAAGCAAUGGUUAUUGAUGAUGAUCUGAAUGUAAUCCACGAAACUAAUGUGAAAUUUGAUGAUGAUUUGCCAGAGUUUGGAACCCAGAAUGGUGUCCAUGUACAAAGCGAUAAGAUAACUGUUACAACACCAGUCCUGUUGUGGGUAAAGGCAAUGGAUUUACUCUUGGAGAGGUUAAAGGCUGCAAAUCUUGAUCUUUCAAAAUUGAAAUCUUUGUCUGGUUCUGGCCAACAACACGGCAGUGUUUAUUGGAAGGAGGGAGCCAGUCAGACCUUGAAAAACAUGCCUGCUGACCAUUCUCUUCACCAGAUAUUGCAGUCGAGUUUCUCUGUGACGGAAUCUCCCAUCUGGAUGGACUCCAGCACUACCGAAGAAUGCCGCCAACUAGAAAAGUGUGUUGGAGGAGCACAGAAACUGGCUGACAUCACUGGAUCACGUGCUUAUGAGCGAUUCACAGGGAACCAAAUUGCGAAGAUCACCAAGAAGAAUCCUGACGAAUACAAGAAAACUGAGAGAAUCUCUCUGGUCAGCAGCUUUACUGCUUCCCUGUUUCUUGGAAACUAUGCAGCAAUUGAUUAUAGUGAUGGUUCCGGUAUGAACCUGAUGGAUAUCCGUGCACAUGAGUGGUCACAGCAAUGCCUAGAUGCCUGUGGUCCUGAUCUGAAGGGGAAGCUUGGCGUCCCACUGCCGUCCCACUCCAUACUGGGGUCGAUAUCACCAUACUUUGUGAAACGGUUUGGAUUUAAUCCCGAGUGCAAAGUCAUUGCUUUCACAGGAGACAAUCCAGCUUCACUGGCAGGAAUGCGACUUCAGCAGGGAGAUAUCGCAGUAAGUCUGGGAACAAGUGACACUGUCUUUCUGUGGAUUCAGGACCCAAAACCUACACUGCAAGGACAUGUCUUCUGCAACCCAGUGGACAGUGAUGCCUACGUGGCACUCAUUUGUUUUAAGAAUGGCUCCCUAACAAGAGAGAGAAUCCGUGAUGAAAGAGCGUCUAGUUCAUGGGAUGAAUUUGCAAAAGCUUUGAAAGCCACUAGUCCUGGAAAUAAUGGAAACAUAGGUUUUUAUUUUGAUGUAAUGGAGAUCACCCCUGCUGCCAUUGGUGUUCAUCGAUUCAAUGACAGAAAUUUAAAAGUCUCAAACUUUUCAGAAGAGACGGAAAUUCGAGCUGUUAUUGAGGGUCAGAUGCUGGCUAAAAGAUCAUAUGCUGAGAAGCUGGGCUACAAAGUCUAGGCUAUCACAGCAGUACUUUGUGUUUUUGCUGAAUAAUUUCUGGAGAUUCCAGGACAAUACUGGAAGGCUGGCAACUGGGGUUUUCCUGGGAGUCCCUCAUAAUGGCUGAGGCGUGGGAAAGAUUCUGGGGAAGGCUGGAUUACUGUAACGCGCUCUAUUUUGGAGUUGCACGAUCUUCACUGGCUCGUCUCCAGUUGGUUCAAAAUGCUGCUGCUCGCCUUUUAACUGGAACUCGAAAGAGGGAGCACAUAACGCCAAUUCUGGCCUCCCUCCACUGGCUCCCGGUGUACUUUCGAGUUCAUUUUAAAAUUAUUUUAUUUGUUUUUAAAUCUCUAAAUGGGCUCGCCCCGCCUUACCUCUCUGAACUGCUCCACCCAUACGCUCCUGCCCGGUGCCUCAGGUCAGCUGAUCAGCUGCUCCUGGAGGUACCGAGGUCUAAGCGGAAGCUCAGAGGGGAUAGAGCCUUCUCUGUUGCUGCUCCGGCACUCUGGAACACCUUGCCGUUGCACAUCAGACAGGCCCCUCACUGUCCAUCUUCAAAACCAGUGUUAAAACACAUUUUUAUUCCUUGGCUUUCGACACUGCUUGAGACUUUGCUCCUGUUUUUAGUGCUUUUAAUGUUUUUUUCAUUUUUAUUGUUUUUAGUCCUUCGUUUAAGGUUUUUAUUGUCAUGUAAUAAUUUCUUGUCCAUGAUCAGUCAUGUACAGCACUUUGUUGCAACUGUGGUUGUUUUAAAGUGCUCUAUAAAUAAAGUUAUUAUUAUUAUUAUUAUUAUUAUUAUUAUUAUUCGAGAGCAAGUAGAGUCCUAGUCAUAGUCAUAGAUUCACAGUGUGGAAACAUGUCCCAACUUCACUUGUCCCACCUGCCCACGUUUGGUCCAUAUUCCUCCCAACCUGUCCUAUCCACGUACCUGUCGAACUGUUGCUUAAAUGUUGGGAUAAUCCCUACCUCGACUACUCUGGCAGCUUGUUCCAUACACCCACCACCCUUUGUGUGAAAAAGUUACCCCCUAGAAUCCUAUUCAAUCUUUUCCCCUUCACCUUAAACCUGUGUCCUCUGGUCUUCGAUUCACCUACUCUGGGCAAGAUACUCUGUACAUCUACUCGAUCUAUUCCUCUCAUGGUUUUAUACACCUCAAUAAGAUCACCCUUCAUCCUCCUGCGCUACAAGGAAUAGGUCCCAGCCUACCCUACUUAACCGUUCCCUAUAGCUCAGACCCUCUAGCCCUGGCAACAUCCUUGUAAAUCUUCUCUACUCUUUCCAGCUUUCCUAUACAUGGUGCCCAGAACUGACCACAAUAUUCUCUAAAUACAGCCUCACCUGUGUCUUACACAACUGCAACAUGACCUCCCAACUUCUAUACUCAAAACCCUGACUGAUGAAGGCCAAUGUGCCAAACGCCAUUUUUAACCACCCUAUCUACCUGCGACUACACUUUCAAGGAACCAUGCAACUGCACUUCUAGAUCCCUCUGCUCUUCAACUCCGCCCUACUAUUCACAGUGUAGGUCCUGCACAUUUUAGACAUCCCAAAAUGCAAUACUUCAUAUUUCUCUGUAUUAAACGCCAGCAACCAUUCCUCAGUCCAUCUGGCCAAUCGAUCAAGAUCCUGCUGCAAUUUUUCACAAUCAUCUUCACUGUCUGCAAAACCACCCACUUUUCUAUCAUCUGCAAAGUUGCUAAUCUUGCCGUGUAUGUUCUCAUCCAAAUCAUUGAUAUAGAUGACAAACAGUAACGGGCCCAGCAUCGAACCCUGUGGCACACCACUAGUCACAGGCCUCCAGUUCGAGAAGCAACUUUCCACCAUCACCCUCUGCUUCCUUCCAUGAAGCCAAUUUUCUAUCCAUUGAACUGUCUCUCCUUGGAUCCAAUGCGAUCUAACCUUCCAAUCCCAUGCGAUCUAACCUAAAGUAGUUUUAAUAUGAUGUUAUUUCUCAGAGUAGAGAGAUCUAUAAUUUAAAAACUUUGCAAAUAUGAUGGGAGGAAGGAGCCAAAUGAGGUUGGAUAGCCUCUUGGAUUGUCUAAGAUUUUCUGGGAUAGAAGACUUUAAGCCACUCUGCCAGCAAACCUGAAGAAACCAACUUUGAGUCAAUUUCUUGGGCUGAAUGUGUUGGCAUGUUGCUGGGACACCGAUACUUUAGUGUUUGGUAGGUGAGCUGGGAGUUUAUGUCAUAGGAACAUAAUUAGGCCAUUCAGCUCAUCGAGUGUGCUCUUCCACACAAUCAUAGUUGAUCUAUCUUGCCCUAUCCUCCCCAUUCUCCUGCAUUCUACCCAUAUUUUUGACACCCUUGCUAAUCAAGAAUAUGUCAAUCUCCACCUUUAAAUUAUCCAAUGAUUUAGCCUCCACAGCCGUCUGUGGCAAUAAAUUCCAAAGAUUCACCACCCUCUGACUAAAGAAAUUCCUCCUC